ACCGGGGCAUUGUAAGAAUCACAUCAUUCCGGCGGCUGGCAAGGUCUCUGUCGAAGUUUGGUAUUUAUACUGCGAUACAUCAUCACAGUUCAGUGCCGAGAGAUCGAACUGGAAACCGGCUUCAUACAUAUCAACUUACGAGGUAGAUGCGGUUAGGGACUGUUUCGUCGUCAACUGCUAUAUACGAGUAAUCAUCGUGACUUCUACCUCACCCACAUAGGAGGCGCCAUCUUCUUUACAAAAAUGAGGCUCGAUGGUGGUGCUGUUCGUAACUUUUUGGAGUAUCACAACACUUUUUCUCUUCGUUGAUCUGACUGGCCGACCACGAUGGGUUUUGAAGUUCAAAACACAGCCAGGUGUUAACCAACCUGUAACACUAAGCAGUUUGAAGAAACCACUGUUGACAGCAUUGUUUAAUUUUAUCUUCAUCUCUGGACCAAUAGCAGUUGGAGUUUUCUUUUUGCAAAAAUGGCGUGGUUGUGAUUUGUCGUUCUCGCUACCCAAUCCGGUUUCCUUUCUCAGAGACUUUAUCAUAGGCAGUGUCAUUCACGAAGUGGGGUUCUACUAUUCACACAGGUUGCUGCACCACCCCCUGCUGUACAAGUGGAUCCACAAGAAACACCACGAGUGGACCGCCCCUGUCAGUUUGAUCUCGGUGUACGCGCACCCCGUUGAGUACGUCUUCUCCAACGUCAUGCCGCUCGUUGUGUCGCCGCUCGUGUGCGGCUCCAACCUGGUCACCACGUGGCUGUGGUACCUCACCGCCAUGACAGUCACCUCCAUACACCACUCCGGAUACCACCUGCCGUUCCUCACGUCGCCAGAGUUCCACGAUUUUCACCAUCUCAAAUUCAACACAAACUAUGGAACUUUUGGUUUCUUAGACUGGUAUCACGGCACCGACAGCAAGUUCAGAAAAAGCAAGCAAUUUCAGCGGCACAAGAUUAUAUUUUCAUCUUCACAAAUGCUACGCUCUUGAACACAUAAAAUAUAUCCCAACAACAGGUGUACAGAUGUCAAUUUUCAGUAUUCAAAUAAAGCAGGCGCAGACCUGGUUUUGCUGAGGGGGCUAGUGCCCCUAUUUUUUCGUAUUCAUAAUUUAAAUCCCCCCCCCCCCCCCCCCAAAAAAAAAAAGAAGAAAAAAAAAAAAAAAGCCUGUUCAAACACCAUUUACCAUGCCCAGUGCCCCACUUUCACAGACCCCUGGUACAGAACCUGCACAGGCAUCACUUUUUUUGUUUAACGACACCACUAGAGCACAUUGAUUUAUUAAUCACCAGCUAUUGGAUGCCAAUGGUAACUCUGACAUAGUCUUAGGGAGGAAACCCACUAAUUUAGAAAGGGAUCUUUAUAUGCACCAUCCCACAGACAGGAUAACACACCACAGCUUUUGAUAUACCAGUAAUGGUGCACUGGCUGCAAUGAGAAAUAGCCCAAUAGUUCCCAAUUUUUGAGCUGAACAUACAUUUUACAUUUAUAUAAAGCAUGUAACAGCCUAAAUAAACCUGAUGUAGAUU